AGCCUGGGCGCGAAGCGGUCUUCAGGUUUGGUCUCAGUUGCGCGGAAGUGAAACAACGCGGAGAUGGAGGUGAGCCAGGCGGCGUCUGGUACUGAUGGUGUCCGGGAACGGAGGGGCUCGUUCGAAGCUGGAAGAAGGAACCAAGAUGAGGUACCUCAGUCCGGGAUGAACGGGCUUCUGAAACACUCCUACUGGCUGGAUCUCUGGCUCUUCAUCCUUUUCGACCUGGCUUUGUUCGUCUUCGUGUACCUCUUGCCCUGACCGGUUUGCUGAGUCAAGAAUGGGGCUUCUGGUGUGAAUCUUGAAAACGACUAUAGACUCUUGAAUGAAGAGGACUUCAGCAGCAGACUUC